AUGACAACACGCAACCUAAACGGCAAUUGGAUUGACACUCUCCGAAGACAGUACGUCUACGACCUGAAAGACGACUCUCCCCAUCCUAUCAAAUACCUUCUUUACAAUCCCCACAAGAAGCAAGACUUGUACUUUGUCAUUCCCAACAAGAUCGAAGAGCCGCAACUAAGACGCUCCCUUGUCAAGUACCACCUAUCUACCAAGGGUACCUCAGUCGUCGAGUGGGAGAACGAGCACAUCCAAGUCAUCUACCACCCUCGAUACGCAAAGGAGCUACGAGAAGCCGCCCAAAACCCAGAACGAAUCACCAACUCCCGAACAGCAAACAUGAAGUUCACCCUCGCCACCGCUCUUCUUCUCCUCGCUCCCGCGCUUAUCAAAGCCUGGAAGUUUGAGGUCUUCGAAGAAGACUGCAUCACCUCUACUGACUUCAACGAAGGGGACGACGAUGUAGAGUGUGAAGAUACGGCGGAGCCGCACGGGUGUUUCCGCAUCUCUGAGAUGGGUAGCUGCGAGAUAUUCUUCCACGCGGAUGCUGAUGAGUGUGAGGAUGGCGAGGUCACUAUGUCGUACACGGCUACGGACCAGGAUCGCGAUAUCACGCCUGACUUUGAGUGGAACAACUGGAGCGUUCAGUGCUAG